CGAUGUUCGCGGGGCUGCAGGACCUGGGCGUGGCCAACGGCGAGGACCUGAAGGAGACGCUCACCAACUGCACGGAGCCGCUCAAGGCCAUCGAGCAGUUUCAGACAGAGAAUGGCGUGCUGCUGCCCUCCCUGCAGUCGGCCUUGCCCUUCUUGGACCUGCACGGGACGCCUCGGUUGGAGUUCCACCAGUCGGUGUUUGACGAGCUGCGGGAAAAGCUGCUGGAGCGCGUGUCAGCCAUUGCCUCGGAGGGGAAGGCAGAGGAAAGGUACAAGAAACUGGAAGACCUUCUGGAGAAGAGCUUUUCCUUGGUGAAGAUGCCGUCUCUGCAGCCGGUGGUGAUGUGCGUCAUGAAACACUUGCCCAAGGUCCCUGAGAAGAAGCUGAAGCUGGUCAUGGCUGACAAGGAGCUGUACCGGGCCUGUUACGUGGAGGUGAAGCGGCAGAUCUGGCAGGACAACCAGGCGCUCUUUGGCGACGAGGUCUCACCACUGCUGAAGCAGUAUAUCCUGGAGAAAGAGACUGCUCUCUUCAGCACAGAGCUCUCCGUCCUGCACAACUUCUUCAGUCCUUCCCCCAAAACGAGGCGCCAGGGUGAGGUGGUGCAGAAGCUGACGCAGAUGGUGGGGAAGAACGUGAAGCUGUACGACAUGGUGCUGCAGUUCCUGCGGACCCUCUUCCUGCGGACACGGAAUGUGCACUACUGCACACUGCGCGCAGAGCUGCUCAUGUCCCUGCAUGACCUGGAUGUGGGUGACAUCUGCUCCGUGGACCCCUGCCACAAGUUCACCUGGUGCCUGGACGCCUGCAUCCGUGAGCGCUUCGUGGACAGCAAGAGGGCACGGGAGCUGCAAGGCUUUCUCGACGGAGUGAAGAAGGGUCAGGAGCAAGUACUGGGGGAUCUGUCCAUGAUCCUGUGUGACCCCUUCGCCAUCAACACCCUGUCACUGAGCACUGUCAGGCACCUGCAGGAGCUGGUCGGCCAGGAGACACUCCCCAGGGACAGCCCUGACCUCCUCCUGCUGCUCAGGCUGCUGGCACUGGGCCAGGGGGCCUGGGACAUGAUCGACAGCCAGGUCUUCAAGGAGCCCAAGAUGGAGGUGGAGCUCAUCACCAAGUUCCUGCCGACGCUCAUGUCCUUUGUGGUGGAUGACCACGCCUUCAACGUGGACCAGAAGCUCCCUGCUGAGGAGAGGGCUCCAGCCACCUACCCAAACACGCUUCCAGAGAGUUUCACUAAGUUCCUGCAGGAGCAGCGCAUGGCCUGCGAGGUGGGGCUGUACUACGUGCUGCAUAUCACCAAGCAGAGGAACAAGAACGCGCUGCUCCGCCUGCUGCCCGGGCUCGUGGAGACCUUCAGCGACCUGGCCUUCGGCGACAUCUUCCUGCACCUGCUCACGGGGAACCUGGCGCUGCUGGCCGAGGAGUUUGCCCUGGAGGACUUCUGCAGCAGCCUCUUCGAUGGCUUUCUGCUCACCGCCUCCCCCAGGAAGGAGAAUGUCCAGCGGCACGUGCUGAGGCUCCUCCUACACCUGCACCACCGCGUGGCGCCCGCCAGGUUGCAGGCCCUGCAGAAGGCACUGGAGCCCACAGGCCAGAGUGGAGAGGCCGUGAAGGAGCUUUACUCCCAGCUCAGCGAGAAGCUGGAGCAGCUGGACCACCGGAAGCCAAGCCCAGCCCAGGCUGCCGAGACCCCGACCCUAGAGCUGCCCCUCCCCACCGUGCCUGCUCCAGCCGGGCUCUGACGCUUCACCGAGACUGCUGGGGAGUUGACAGGGCUCCUGGGGGGGACACGGCCAGGAGAAGGGCCUGCUGGACCUGACGCUGUUGGGGCCUGUAUCUGCUGGAGGCAGAAUGGUACCGAGGGCGAUAGGUGGUGGGCUGAGCUGAGACCCUGGGGUCAUCCCAUGGGCAGGGUGCCCUGUGCCUCAGCCCCACCCUGACCUGGGGCCUGAAAGUUGUGUGCAGUGUGAAGGGACCCAAGUGCCUGCGCCUGGCUCCUUGCUGCCACGCUGUGUUCCUACAAGCCCCCGUGGGUGUGCCCUCCUCUGGGGGAACAGCAGGCGGCAGUGGGGAGAGGAAGCCACGUUUUCCAAGGGGAGCGGGUGGGAUGGUGUGGUGCACAGAUUGGUAACUGCUGGGACACCCGGCCACUCUGAGGACCUGAGUGUUUGAGAGUGGACAGUCCACUGCACCGGGGCCUGCCGGCAGGGAACGCACCUGCCCUGACUGAGGAAAGCCCAGGCCCCGCCUACUGCCUCAGUUUACCCUUGGAGUGGUGUGCGCCUUGCUCAGCUGCACUGUCUCCUGUGUAAAUAAACAGCAUUUUGGUAAA